AUGGAAACGGGGCCUUGGAUUGUUGAAUCACAAACACCUCCCGAAUUCGGGGGAGUCGGAAACAAACUGACGUUUGUUUGCAAAGACUGUUUCGAUUCCAGUGAAGCUAGCAGGCGCGUGAGAGCCUCCUCUGGGGCCACAUCAGCUGGGAGGAAUGUUAGCAUCAAGGGGGCGAGAUGGCCCAAGUGGUUAGAGCGCGAGUUUACUGACCUGAAGAAGGUCCGUGGUUCGAAUCCGACCUCCGCCACUCGACUUCCCCGGUCUAAGUUUGGUUAUCAUCAACCCCGGCAUAUCUACACAUCCCAUGGCCAUCGACGAUUCCUGUCUUGUCCAAGGAGCCCCAUGUCAAUCGGCUCCUCAACGGCAGCCCGUAACCGAAUGGCAGUGUUCGAAAAAAAUCGUCCAGCUGUAGAACCCUUUCGCUGCCAUGCCACCCUAAGGUUGCACGAGGGCUGGGAUACUGCUAGGUUGCCCAAGCCUAGACAGGGGAAGUCGAGAGGCAGAGGUCAGGUUCGAACCACGGACCUUCUGAUCAGUAAAUUCGCGCUCUUACCACUUGGGCCAUCUCGCCCGCGCUCGUGGGCCUUUCAGCACAAGUUCGUGGUUCGAACACGACCUCUGCCUCUCGACUUCCCCUAUCUAGGCUUGGGUAACCUGGCAAGAUCCCAGCCCUCGUGCAACCUUUGGGUGGCAUGGCAGUUGGGCACCGAGAGGUUUAUGAAGUUUCUCCAGGUUGCGCCGGUUUACCGAGGAGUACACUUUACACGGGGGCGAGAUGGCCCAAGUGGUUUGGGCAACCUGGCAGUAUCCCAGCCCUCGUGCUUCCUUCGGGUGCAAUGGCAGCUAGGCACCGGAAGGGUGCUACAGCUGGACCCUAUUCUAUUACUCAUAUCAUACAUUUUACACAGUACUAACCCGAUGAAUGUAAAGACAACCCGUGAUUCGAACCCCGCAUCUCAACCGUUCUUAUCUAGGCUUGGGCAACCUGGGAGUAUCUCGGCCUUCGUGCUUCUUUCGGGUGGUAUGGCACAUACGCAUCUGAGGCGUGUUACUUCUGAACGGUCAUUUUAUUUAUUAGUGCUGUUCAUGAAAAAAAAUCGAUCAGCUGUAGCCUCUUUCGGUGCCCAACAGCCAUGCCACCAGAAGGAAGCACGAGGGCUCGAAUACCGCCAGAAAGUGACAGCACGAAUGCCACUGACAUCGAUUAGCCUCCAUUUCUUGCAACGUCUCCAGCCAAACACAGACGGGGUCACGGUGACCACACCCUGGAAGGCGUACAACACCAACAACACCCAAACUCUUCUCAUGCGCUGUCCACCUCGUGGUUUGCGCCAUCCUGAAGGAGGCACGGAGAACAACACUCAUCUCGGUGGACGGUAUUUCGGCAUGCGUAGCACAAGACCUAGCCACCAUAAGCUAAUACAACUACCGAGGCAUGUAAAGUUCUCCACAAUCUCCAGUGAUUCUCCUUGA